AAGUUAGACCUGCCACAAGGAAUCACAUCCAUAAAAUCUAAUCCAAAUCCUCUUUCUAAAACGACGUCGUCUCCUUCCGCCACUUCAUCUUCUUCAUCAAUCCUACAGACACUCUCAUCGUCAUCCCUCAAGCUCUAUACAAUGAUAGCUCUUCCUCUCCUUCUAUCUUCACCGCCUCCCAACCGUCCAUCUCUCUCAACCAUCUCCACAUCAUCUUCUCUUUCACUACCGCCUUCCCUCUCUUUUUCAUCCUUCAAACCAGGGUCUUUCAAAUUAACCCACAAGCGAAGAUUUGAUUUCAGGACCUGGGCCGAUGACGGAGACGCCGACGGAAGCGGACCAGACGACUACGACAUCGACGAAGAAGAAGCCGACGAGGUGGACAAUAAGAAAGAUUACGAUGUGGAGUACGAACCCCUCGCAAGCGACGACAUUACUAUGGUAACAAGCAAGAGUUUUGUUUCAACUCAGGGUUGGGGGUCGGAAAUGAUUGUGGAUUACAGGAUUAAUGAGGAAGAAUUUCAUAAGAUUAGCUUGUUGGAUUGCGAUUUUUUCAUAAGGAAACCGCCUGAUCCAGACAAUGAUGUUUACGAUUUCAGAGAGAUGUAUGUUACUCCUCCAGAUACAGAUGUUUAUGCUAUUCCGAAUGUUCUUUCUCCAAUGCCUCAGAAGUACAUUAGAUGUGCAAAGAGCGAUUAUGGAUGGUAUAAUGUGACAGAACCGCCGAUUGAUGCUCCUCGAGAUCCUAUGUAUAAGUCUGAGAAGGAGAUACUGAAGAUUUACUUGACGAAACACUAUAGGAACAGGAGGUUGGGUGACCCGGAGUUUGUGAUGGAUUUCGAAGAGAUUUAUGUGAUUGAUUCAAAAACAAAGUCGAUAAGCAGAGCAAAAGUGGUGGUGAAGGUUCCUGAAGGAAGCAAGAGGGAUAGAAAGAAAGACUUGCUUGUUGUAGCUGAUAAAGGAAGCUCCUUCAAAAUAAUUCCCAUUAGCGAAAGAGAUGAUGCGACCACGGUGAUAGAGAGGGAGGAGUGGGAUAAAACACGGCUAGACAUGGAGAAACACCUUAGUAAGCUCAGAGAUUUUAGCGUUUCAAACUGGUUUUAACAGUCUUUUUCUCGGAAGUCCAUGUGCGAGAUAGAUUAGAGCUUGGAAGAAAGACUAGACAGGUCGGUUGGUUGGUUGGUUGGUUCAUAGAGAAGAAGAAGAAGAUGAUUAGGGUUGUCCUCAUUAUUGUUUCUUGCCACUCAACUCGUCUAUGUCUCUGCGAGUGUGUGCCUUUGGCUGACAGUGCUGAGAAUCAUUCACCAAUGGUUAGUUUUUUCAUUUCAUUUGAAACAUGGAUGAAUCUUGCAUGGAUGUUGCUAAUUGCUAUUCACAAUUUUGUUCCUCUAGAAAGAAAAUAGAUUAGAUGAUUCAGCUUCUUCAGGACAAUUUUAUUUUGAAAAUGCUGCAACUUAAUGUUGUUUCAGACUCCAUCUAAGGAUUCGAAGCUAUUAUGAAAUGAGAUGAGAUGCAUGAUUAAAGAAUGUUUGUA